CCUGCCUGUCUACCUACCUGGCAACCUACCUGGCAGUCUCAACCGCCAGGGCUCUCGGCAGAGACCUGGGGCCGCACAGGCCAUGGAUACCACCACAGAAGCUGUGCUCUACCAUAAGCUGCAACUCUGGGAGCCUGGCAUGGAGUCAGGGGAGGAGGAAGAGGAAGAAACAGCAGAGCCACUGGUCCUGUCCCUAAGGAGAUCCCGAAGUACCCCCGGGAACAAGGUUAUCUGGCUGCCAGGAGCCUGGGCCCGCCUGCUGGCCAGCCUGCUGCUGCUAGCUGUUAGCGGCUCCCUGGCCCUGAGGCAGCUUCACAGGAGGGACAGUCCAGAAGGAAACUUGGGCUCUGCGGCCCCUCCAGCCAGCAGACACUCCCAUCACCCCGGUGUGUACCACCACGGAGCCGUUAUCAGCCCUGCAGCCACAUGUUCGCAGCUGGGUCAAGAGCUGCUCGUCGCUGGGGGCAAUGUCGUGGAUGCCGGAGUUGGAGCAGCUUUGUGUCUGGCGGUGGUGCAUCCUCAUGCAACCGGGCUAGGUGCCACGUUCUGGGGCCUCUUCUACAAUAGCUCCUCGGGAAACUCAACUGCCCUGACAGCAGGCCCAGCCCAAACCCUGGCCCCUGGCCUGGGGCUGCCCACAGCUCUGCCUGCCCUUCAUUUACUUCACACACACUUCGGCCGCCUGCCCUGGCCACACCUGCUGGCCAAGCCCGCCAUGCUGGCUCAAAAGGGCUUUGAGGUAGAUGUACCCCUGGCAAGGGCACUACUAGCAGCCCAGGGCAGAAAGGGGCUCUGUCCACUGUUCUGCCACACCAACGGGACCCCACUGGGUCUUGGGGCUCGAGCCACCAACCCCAACCUGGCAGCUGUGUUGCACCAGGAAGCCCUGGCCUCAAGCUCAGAUCUUGCUGGGGACGCUUUGCUGAGACUGCUGGUCAGAGACCUGGGGCUAGAGGAGCCCCCUGCUCAGCCCACGCCCUCCUUAGAGCCUGCACUGCAACUUCCCAUGCCACAGGGCGUCCUGUUCACUACUCCUGGUCCCUCAGCUGGCCCCGAACUGCUGGAACUGCUGCAGUCCGCCCUUCACUCCAGGACACCCAGCCCCACUUCCUGUCUAUCUCUCCUGCAAACUGCCAUGACCUCAGUGAAUAGCGCCUUGGCCACCGUGGACAGCAGUGGUUCUAUGCUCCUUCUGACCUCCUCAAUUAACAGCUCCUUUGGUUCUGGACACCUGUCCCCAAGCACUGGGGUUCUGCUCAGCAACCUGGUAGCCAGAUCUGCACCUAGUACCUGGGCCUGUCCACUCAUUCUCCGUGGCAGUGUGGAUGACACAGAAGCUGAUAUGUUGGGGCUGGUGGCUUCAGGAAUACCCAGAGGGGCCAAAGCCAUGACUUGCACCUUGCUCAAUCAUCUGGCAGCAUCCCAAAUCCAACAGCAGCCCCACCAUCAAGCUCAACAAAGACCCACAGAAAGUCCUGAAGUUUAUGGCCAAGAGAACCUACUCCAGGUGGUAGUCCAUGCAGAACAUGCCCAUGUUUCCAGUGUCCCCAGUGGCUGCUGCCCCUUCCAGGGGUAUUAACAGAGGGUCAGAGUCUGGAGAGAGAGGAGGUGUCUGGAACCCGAGAGCCAGAACAGAGAAGGCCUAGCAGCAAUGAGCGCAUGAAGAGAAUGUAUCUGUGAUGUGUUCCCUGCUCCAUCAGCCCGCACUCCAUCCCGUUCUGUUACCCGGCUCUAGCUCUGGCAUCCAGGGCUAGUCCAACCAUGUUUCCUAGCACCCACACUGACGGGAUUGCUGGGUUUUCUAUCAGAUAAGGACCUAGAGGAUGACGAAAAAGAAACAGUGCAA